GUCAAUGCUUAAAGUUUCAAUUUUUAUUACAUUUUCUUAUCUCACUAAUUCAGAAAGUGUUGGAUUGCCCUAGUGGUUAGGGAGUUCGUCUUCAACCCACUGUGUCCCGGGUUCUCCCCCAUCCCGGGCCGCCCCUGAUGUAAAUUAAAGUAGUAACAUCGCUUGUAUUCAAAUAUCACUAAUUCAUUGUGUAAAUGAGAAAAAAGUCAUUUCAUGUUUGCUCAAGCUGCUGCCAAUCUAUGGUUUUAAUCCAAAAAAAGAAGCUUUUUCCAAUAAUGGGGUGUUCCAGUUUCUUGUUUAUUUUGUGAUUUUGUAGAUUUUCUAUAUAUUUAUCAGCUAUUAAACUUCAAUAAUGAUUUGCCUGCAAUAUCGUUGUCCAGAGUGUUGAACUUUCAAGCCCCUGAAAGUGAUUGCCUUGCCUAAACAGUCCACACUGUACCCAAUUGGGUUGGUUUUGGGUCCCAUUCAUCCACUUGAGUCUAUUCAACACCCACUUUAUAAUCCCUUAAAAAUCCAAAUUUUUAAUCCCUUUACAGCUCCUUUUUUGGUCACUUGCUUCCUCCCGUUUAAGUCGUAGGGUGCCUCAUUCGGUCAGCCAAUCUCUGUUUGAUUAUUCGAAAUUCUGAAUGCUCACAUGACAAUUUUACAAUGUUCCAAAUAUAUAUAAUGGGAUGCUUCUGAGGUGGUGAUGGGGGCAUUCCACCGGCUUGUUAAAUAUCCGGGGUUUUAACUGCCUUUUCAGGAUCUAUAAGCAUAUUCAGAUAUGCCUGAACUGGUCGAGCAUCUCCGUAAAUCGCGUCUCCUGCUGUGUAUCUUUGUUGCAUUCCUGUUAAAUACUCUUGCGACUUCAGAUAUUCCCUUGGGUUCCAAAAUUUCUGUAGCCGAUAAAACCAUAUGGAUCUCUCCAAAUGGUGAUUUUGCAUUUGGAUUUUUUAACCGUUCAGACCAGCCAAACUAUAGUUUCGGGAUCCGUCUCAUUUCGAAGUCUUUUCCUCUUGACCAACAACUUUUGGUAUGGAGUGCUGCAGCUGAUCUUAUUAUUGGUAACAAUUCUUAUGCCCAGCUGACCCAGGAUGGCGAACUAGUUUUAUUCGAUUCCUUGAAGGGUGUCACUGCAUGGACCAGUAAAACAAGGCAAUUAUCAGUUGUUUCUGCUGCUCUUAAUGACAAUGGAAAUCUUGUUCUAUUGAAUCAAGAGAAACAUAUUGUUUGGCAAAGUUUUGAUACUCCAUCUGACAUACUUCUUCCUGGACAGAGCUUCUCUACAUUGCAAACACUUCGAGCUGCAAGCAAGAAUUGUGUGUCCAGUUACUACACUCUUUUUAUGAGUGCUUCUAGUCAGUUGCAACUUCAAUGGGAAAGCCAUGUCACCUACUGGAGAAGUGGAAGCCUUUCUAGUUCAAACCUCAGUGCUUUCAUCACUUCUGAUGGAGCCCUACAACUCCGCGACCAAAGCUUGAAACCUGUGUGGUCACUGUACAGUCAAGAUCACAAUGACUCCAUAAGCUACAGGUUUCUUAGGCUAGAUGUUGAUGGUAAUCUCCGAUUAUACUCAUGGGUAGAAGAUUCAAAGUCAUGGAGAUCAGUCUGGCAGGCUGUUGAGAACCAGUGUGAUGUCUUUGCAACCUGUGGCCAACGUGGUAUCUGUGUCUUCAAUGAAUCUGGGUCCCCUGAUUGCGAAUGUCCAUUUAAGCAGCAGACAAAUGAGUCCACUUCCAGAUGUUUUAUUCCAAAUAAUCGCUGUUUUCUUUUGGUUCCAACAUGCUUCAUUAUAAGCAUACUUUCCUACAUGGAAUGUACCCACCAACUGAUGAUGUAGUUGCCAAAGUUAGUCUAGAGGAAUGCAAAAGCAUGUGUCAGAAUGACCUGACUUGUACAGCUGCAACAUUUUCAAAUGAUGGAACUGCACGAUGCUUAAUUAA